AGUCACGUGACCACAACAAAGUAUUUUCCCGCGAAGCUGCAUCUCUGCCUUGAGGGUCAGUCAGUCCCGGUUCUGUUCGGUUCCGAGCCCCAGGAUGUUCUGUGAGAAAGCCCUGGAGCUGAUCCGGGAGCUGCACCGGGCGAGCGGCGGCCAGCUGCCGCUUUCAAUUUCUUGGUUCCAGGAGGACGGACUGCGGCAGGUUCUGCAGGAGAUGGAGGAUCUGUACAUACAGAACCAGGCUGAUGUGUCGGAGGCGAAGGCCGCCGGCCGCGCUGACCUCAUCCCCUCCAUCAAGCUGCGCCACUGCUGCCUGCUGAGGAACCAGCGCUGCGUCGUGGCCUACCUGUACGACCGUCUGCUGAGGAUCCGUGCGCUACGCUGGGAGUGCGGCAGCGUUCUGCCCGCUAACGUCCGCUUCCACAUGUCAGCAGAGGAGGUGCAGUGGUUUGGCCAGUAUAAAAAGUCCCUGGCCUCCUUCAUGCGGUCCAUCGGAGGACAGGAGGGACUGGACAUCACGCAGGACAUGAAGCCUCCAAAGAGCCUCUACAUCCAGGUCAGAUGCCUGAAGGACCACGGUGAGUUCGAGAUCGACGACGGAACGGUGAUCCUGCUGAAGAAGAACAGCCAGCACUUCCUGCCACGGUGGAAAUGUGAGCAGCUGAUUCGCCAGGGCGUUCUGGAGCAUGUGAUGUCAUAACGUCCAGGAGACAGACGGCAUCUCAGCGGCCAUGUUUGCUUUUUACAAAUAAAGUUGUUUUGUUCCUUC